AACACGAGCGUUUGUGUUCGCGUUCGGUUGUGCUACUCCCGACCCGAGCCACGAGCUGGCCCGAGCCGAAGGUGAUCGAUCCAGAGCCGCCGCGCACCCCCAAUUUCGAAGGAGAAAAAGAAGAAAGGAAAUAGAAAAAAACAGAAAAGCGAGGGGGAAAAACCCUAGGAGACGAAGGGGGAUAUGGCGGCCGGCGGGCUGGCGGGGACGGAGCUGGUCAGCACCGGCGGGGCGGAGGCCGGCAACAACGCAAGGGUGACCGGCAGAGGGAAGAGGAAGGCGCUGCGGAAGGCCCGCCAGAAGAAGCCCUCGUCCUACAGGAGGGACGAUCGCCGAGACCGCGAGGAGUUCAUGCGGGCUCUCAGGGAGGAGGAGCCCAUAGAGCUGAGGGAGGAGGACGAGAUCCCCGAUUAUCGCGAACUCUGGGACUGUCUCUACGCCGACCACUUCGGCUCCUUCGACGACCAAACGGCUCUUGGUCCCAUGCGCCAUACAUUCGAACCCAUCCCAAGCUACGCCGCUCCUGAUUGUACCUUGCAGAUCUUCUACAUCCGAGUCACCGAGAUUAGCAAAGAUGGUCUCCAGUGGCCUCUGCAUGUCCAUGGCUUGGUUGCUGCGAGGGACUCUGUAGAUCACAACCGCAACUUCCUCUUCAAUCGCACUAGGGAUGACUGUCAAACCCUCACCCAAGAAGAUCCAUGGUUGAUGUUAACCGGCCCAUCUCGUGCGCUCGUGUUAAUUGAUCCGAUUGCGUUUGAAGUUCAGCUAAAAGUAAAGAGCAAAACAGAGCCUGGAAAAGAUGAACUGUUGGCUUUCAAAGUCUUCAGCUACCACAAAGCUUAUCAUUCUGAUGAGGUGGAAUCUACACGCAUCACCUGCAAGCGCUGCACGCUUGAGUUUGCAUAUGCGCCGUUGCUUCCUUCAGUCGAGGCCACUGUCACUGUCCAAGUUAUUGAUGGGUCAUGGGACGACCAUGUUCAAGGAGUUGUUACUUGCCGCACUGCCAGCAUGGAAAAUGGGGAGAUGGUGUUGCUUGCUUCUCGAGAUGGAAAAAUGCCUGUCAACUCGGAUGGUGUGAUUGAGCUUUCAAGGCGCGUUGUUUCUGUAGAAUUAAGGGGACAGCUGUUGGUUUCCGUGCUGGGCCGUGGGACGGGUGAUAAGAAAGGUUUGGUCGCGACAGAUACCGCUCUCUUUACACAGAUGAAUGCCGGCACGAGUCAUGGCGUAUGUGAUCUUGGUUUCUGCAAGGUGCAAGUUACUGUUGCUUGGUCCUUUCUUUCUACCCUGGCAGACAUGCUGCUUUCUGCUUAACAGCUGUGUCUGGAGGGUGUCGGGGAUAGUUUUCGACCAACCUGUUUAGCCUUUUUAGUGGUGUUUCUAACUCGUAAACUGUUGAAGAACCGGUGGUGUUUUGUAGCGGCUCAGAUGGUGUCUAAGCAGCCCAGUUGUUGAGCUUAUACCUGUCUGUUCUUUUUAUUGGUUAUUAUUACCUGUCCAUUGGUACAACUGUACAAGUAAACCUGCAAAAUUUUGUACUGUAAAAAAAACCCUGCAAAGUUUUGU